AUGGAGCAGCACACCAGCAGCGCGGCGGAUCUGCCCCCGGGCGCGCCUGCCAAGAAGGGACGCCGGAGCAAGAGGGACGACGGCAACGGCGACGACGGCAAGAAGCGCAGGUGCAUCUCGAGCGCGUGCGUGCCGUGCAGGAAGAGGAAGUCCAAGUGCGACGGCACCACGCCCGCGUGCUCAGCCUGCGCCGCCGUCUACAACACCGAGUGCGUCUACGACCUCAACUCGGACCACCGCCGCAAGGGCGUCUACAAAAAGGACAUUGACAAUCUCAAGACGCGCAACUCGACCCUGCAGACGCUGAUCCAGGCCAUCCUCAACUACCCGGAGGACGACGUGGCCGACCUGGUCCACCAGAUCCGCACCUGCGAGAGCCUCGACACCGUCGCCGAGAACAUCCUCGCCAAGGAGAAUGGCGACCUCGACGACGACGACCAGAUCAGCCCCGCGUCCACGCCGCCCCUGGGCCCGGGACAGCCCACCUUUGAGAGCCAGCUGAGCGGCAAGAUGGGCGAGCUGCGCCUGGAGGACGGGUCGACGCGCUACAUUGGCGGCACGUCGCACCUGAUCUACCUCGACAAGGCCAACGACGACGCAGACUCGCCCGACACGUACACGGACGAGUACCAGUCCAACGAGGACACCUUCUGCUCGUGGACCUCGGCCACCUCGGACCCGGAGCUCGUGCAGCACCUCAUCAGCAUGUACUUUUGCUGGCACUACAGCUUCUUUACCACCCUGUCCAAGAGCCUGUUCCUCCAGGAGUUCAAGCUCGGCCGCCCGCCGCCAGGAUCGAACCGCCGGAUGCAGUACUGCACCCCGCUGCUGGUCAACGCCAUGCUGGCCUUGGGCUGUCACUUCUCUUCGUGGCCGGGGGCGCGUGCUGUCCGCGACGACUCUGCCACUGCCGGCGACCAUUUCUUCAAGGAGGCCAAGAGGCUGAUCAUGGAGGGCGACCUGCACGAGGUUCCGACACUCCCUACGGUGCAAGCACUCGCCCUCAUGUCCGUGCGAGAAGCUGGGUGCGGCAGAGAGGCCAAGGGCUGGGUGUACAGCGGCAUGAGCUUCCGCAUGGCGUGCGACCUUGGCCUCAAUCUCGGCAUGCACAGCAACGGCAACAUGGACGAGAACGAGGAAGACGCCCGGCGCAUCACAUUCUGGGGCUGCUUCCUGUUCGACAAGUGCUGGAGUAACUACCUCGGCCGGUUGCCGCAGCUGCACAACACCAUCGUCACGGUCCCGAAGUUUGAAGUCUUUCCCAACGAAGAUGCCGAGACUUGGAGUGCCGUCACAGACUCUGGAAUCAGUCAAGCACAUUCUCAACCCACCAGGACGCGCGCAAUCGCCCUGCAGAUCACGAAGCUGUGCGAGAUCUCCAGCGAUCUCAUGAACUUUUUCUACAAUCCCAUCGACAUGGACAAGGCGAAAGGGAAGCAGGCUGAGCUCAAAAGACUUAGUGAGAUACAUAUGCGGCUGGAGACGUGGAGGAGAGAAUUGCCAAAGGAACUGGAGCCCAAGGAAGGCGGUCUGCCACAUAUGCUCGUGAUGCACAUGUUCUUCCAACUACUAUACAUCCACCUCUUCCGACCCUUUCUCAAGUACAAUCCGAACAACUCACCACUACCUGCACAUGUGUCGCCUCGUAAGCUCUGCACCCAAGCUGCCGCUAUGAUCUCAAAGUUACUCCGUCUGUACAAGCGGUCGCAUGGACUCCGUCAGAUCUGCAACAUAUGCGUCUAUAUCGCCCACUCAGCCUGUACGAUACACUUGCUUAACCUGCCAGAGAAGAAUGCGAAACGUGACAUCAUCCACGGAGUCAAGCAUCUAGAGGAAAUUGCAGAAGGAUGGUUGUGCGCCCGGCGAACUCUCGGCAUUCUGAGCGUUCUAUCCAAACGCUGGAAGGUCGAGCUACCUGAAGAGGCUGAAGCAGUACUCAAACGAACCGAUUCCAAGUUUGGCCCUUGGAACGAGGUCAGCACACCGAAGACGAGCAACCGGGACCCAACACAAUUAAUGGAUCAGCAUCCGUCUCCUGCCGAUCAGGCCUCACCAUCCCUGCAACCGUACAGCAUGAACAUCACAUCUGUAACAACACCACAGUAUCUGAACCGGAUGCCUCAGAACAACACUUCCGUAAGCAUGAACCCCUACGCGCGUUCUUCUGAGUCUUUACCUCCAAACGACCCCAACGCACUGGCUUACACGCGUACCCAGCGACACCACGCAACCCCCUCCAACACAAGCUUCACCGCACCGACACCUGCAUCAACCCAAGGACGGCAUUCCAUCGAUGGCCAGAGCACUGCUGGAAACUCGCCCAGCCAGCUAUUCGGAGGCGUCGACCAGCUUAUCCGAGAAGGCCAGGACUGGAUCUUCCGGGAUCAAACUCAGCUGGCGACUGGAUUCGAGAACUGGAAUCCUAGCAGUAUCGAUGACAUUGCCUCGUGGUUUGCAAGCACACAAUCUCCGACCGGUGUGUUUCCUGCCAAUAAUCCUGCAACUGGUCCACAGAUGAAUGGAGGUCCUGUUGGUGGUGGUAUCAACGGAUAUCCAAACCUGAAUGGGAAUGGUGGUAAUCCACCGCCGAAUGCGAAUGGCGCGAAUGGCGUCAACAACAUCACUGGCAUUCAGGGAUUCACGUAUGAUGAGGGGACUUGGUAUGAUUAUCAAUAA